CGGCCGCGCGUCAGUUCACUUCAGUUCGGCGUGCGGGAGGGUAGUGCUGUGCGCUCGCCGUGGUUUACGUGGGCGAGCCAUCUGUAAACUUUUCUGUGUGAAACUACCUGUGAACUCCGCUAAAACGCUGUUGUCAAGGGUUAUCGUGCAGUUUCCUGGCGAAAAUCGCCUCUCCGACGCCGAAAGGAGUGAGAAGUGGUCUUGUGGGUGCUGUGGGGGUUGCGAGACGGAAUCGAGUGGAUUAAUUAAAGUUCUGUGGAUUAUUUUGUGCCCAGGAAAAUCGUUUUGGAACUGCCAUUUUUGAGUGCUCAUAAGAUGUGGACCCUAUAAAUAAAACUGUUACGUGUCCACUUGCUCUUCGAAAUGGAUUUUCUGCGAUCAACGUUCCUUGUGAUUACUCUAUCUUCUGCAUUAGUGACAUGCCGGAGCCACGACACGAGGGAGGGUGAGGACGUGAACCUAGAGUGCAGGUUCCCUCCACAUCUAGCCACGCAGCAGGCGACAUUCUACUGGCUGCGGACCAACAAGAGAGGUCACGACAACGUAGCCAUUUCCACCGCUGCCCUAGACCCCAACUACAGGGUGGACCUGCGACCCGACCAAGGACGCUACGACCUUCUCAUCUCCAACGCCUCCUUCGACCGCGACAACGGCCAGUUUGAGUGUCGCCUGAAGGUGGUUGGCAGUGGUAAGGACCUGCACUCGCAAUCGUUCACGGUGACCGUCCUCACCGCUCCUUCGGCUCCUUCGGUCAGCCCUGGACUCAAUCCCACAGCCACCGAAGAUAAGCCUUUCCAGCUAUCCUGCAGCAGUUCUGGAGGCAGCCCCGACCCUACUGUCAGAUGGUAUCGGGAGGGUGUUCAUGAGCCUCUGGAGUCCGUACGGACUCUGACUGACCAAGGAGUUACUUCCAUUCUCACACUCUCGCCCACAAAGGAAGACGAUGGAGCUGUUUUCCGCUGCACUGUCUGGAACCGUGCGAUGUCCGCCAACACCAAGCUGGAGGCUAUGGUCCAUCUUAAUGUCAACUAUAUCCCCAGGGUUCAAAUUGGACCCGAAAACCCACUGAGGGUGGAGCGUGAUGGUACAGCCGUUCUACAGUGCAAUGUUGAUGCUAAACCUCAAGUUAGUAACGUCAGGUGGACCAGGAACAACCGGUUCAUAGCCAUUGCCUUCUCACACACGCUGCACCGUGUUGCUCUCCAGGAUGCUGGCAAAUAUACGUGUACGGCAGACAACGGGCUGGGUAAGACAGGAGAAGCAGACAUCCUGUUGGACGUGCAGUACGGACCUCAGGUGACCAUAGACAGCGGACCAGGGCAGCGGGAGGCGGAGGAGGGUGAGACGGUUACCAUCAAGUGUAAUGUGAGCGCUAACCCCCCGCCGCUGACAGUGGAGUGGACCAGGGAGGGCCGCCCCGACUUCAGGCAGACUGGGCAGACUCUAAAGUUACAUAGAGUGGCCGCCGAUUCUGCAGGCACGUAUACCUGCCGAGCUCUCAACAUACUGACGGUGGGAGGGAAGACCGCCAACAAGAUUGGAAAUGCUUCAGUCACUCUGCUCGUAAGACACAAGCCAGGUCGAGCCCAGAUCACCCCUGAUCGUCCAGUGGCUACUGAGGGCUCAGGAGUAACGCUGACAUGUUCCUCUUCUCCUCCUGGCUGGCCUGUGCCUCAGUAUCGCUGGUGGAGGGACCAGGACGACUCUGCUCAGACCACCACCGUCCUGGCCACUGGGCCCAAGUACAACAUCCCCUCCGCCCACCUGGCCAGUGAGGGCAAGUAUCACUGUCAGGCCACCAACGACAUGGGCCAUGGUGAGGAAGCCACUGUGGUCCUCACAGUGCACCAGCCCCCGAGGUUCUUGGCCAAGCUGCAACCCCAUGUUACAAAGAGGAUUGGAGAUUCAGAAUUCAGUGCAAUGUGUGGAGCCCAAGGAAAACCAAAACCUUCAAUAAAAUGGUUCAAGGAUGGACAGGAAGUUUCUUUGGAGAAGUUCGACAUUUCUACGGAUGAAUCAGAAGGACGCAACUCUGUAUACACGGUACAGAGCACACUAAGGUUCAGCGGACGCAACCGCCCAGGGGGUAACCAGUUGAUGCCAGCUGACCGUGGUGUUUACUCAUGUGUCUUCGAGAACGAAGUCAAGCGUGCUGAGACGACUAUGCAUCUCAGGAUAGAACAUGAGCCAAUUGUGGUGAAUACACCACACAAGGUGGCGUAUGACUUACGGGAGACGGCAGAGGUGAUGUGUCGCGUGCAAGCCUAUCCCCGGCCAGAGUUCCAGUGGAACUUCGGCAACAAUGCAGCUCACCUGACCACCGGCGCAGAUGGCCAUUACGAGAUCAACACCACCAUCAACCAGAGUGGAGGAGAUAUCUACACAAGCAUCCUAUCCAUUGCCAACAUCCAAGCACAUGACUAUGGCGACUACAACUGCAGGGUGACCAACAUGAUUGGCAAGGUAAGGACCACAAUCAGGUUGCAACCAAAGGGACCACCAGAGAAACCGGAAUCACUGACGCCAGUAGCUAUCGGACACAGCUUUGUGACACUGCGCUACACUCCUGGGUUCGAUGGAGGAGUACAUGACACCAAGUACUUCGUGUCGUACCGGCGCACUGCAGACAGUGGUGAUGAUGAAUGUGUCAAUGCGCGGCGCAGUGGUGCUCCGGACAGCUGGCAUGAGGUGGACUGCCAACGCAACAACCCCUGCAAUGUUACCAGUCUAGACCAGCAUCAGCGGUACAUCUUCAAGAUGAAAGCCUACAACAACAAAGGCCACAGCAAUUACUCAGACGAGGCGAGUGCAGUAACGAAGGUGGAUAGGAUACCAGCCCCUCAGCGAGUCGCCUACGACCCCGAGACUCACUCUCUCACCCUCAACAUUGCUGCCACUUGUCUGCGAAUGGUCGGGAUCAUUGAGGUGUUGACAAAUCACAUUCACGAAGAGGACUGGAGUCCGCUGGAGGAGCAUCUGGCUCUGGCUCCAAGUGGGGCUAGCCCUACCCGCCAUGAGGCCACUAUCAGUUCCCUGCACCGCACGGCGGGGCCUGGUGGGCGCUCCCUAGAUCCUGACAGCAUGUUCCAGGACGAUACAGUGCUGCCUGUCAUCAAAGAGGAGACAGUCCGGGUCCGUGUCAAACUAUGCCUCGAGAACAACAUUCAGGCGUGUGGCAACUAUGUGGAGGCUGAGAUCGGCCCUCCAUACAUCAAGGAAGCCUCGACCCUGUCUACUCCGACACUGGUAGCGAUCAUCGUGUCUUGUGUGGUGUUCGUCCUCUUCAUUGGCCUCAUGUUCGUAUAUUGCCGCUGCCGAAAGGUCCAAACAAAGAAGGGCAGUGGAAAGGACUAUGAGAUGGAAACCACCACGGUUCACCCUAGUAUCGUGCAGCAACCACCCCCGCCCUACUACCCUUCCUCUGGGAUGGAGAACAAGGCUCUGGAUAUGGACCCCUCCAAGACAGCUGUCUACGCAGGCCAGAACGGCUAUGGAUACCAUGGUGCUAAUCAGAACGGUGGAGAAUGGGUUAACAUGGGCUACAUGGAGAACAGUUAUUCCAAUUCCAACAAUGGUGGCUCCCAGGACUCUCUGUGGCAGAUGAAAAUGGCAGCCGCCAACAACAAUGCAAACUCCGGGAGCAAUCCGGAACACCACCACCAUCACAUACCCAACCAUUACGCCGGUUACGACCCACUGACUCACGGCGGCUAUGGAGCCGUGGACGACUAUGCCCCCUACCCCCAUCUGGUCUCCUCCGCAUCUCCCGACUACAGCCGCAAUGCCUCUAGACAAGACUACACUCCCGACAAGUGCCGCAGACGUGAACACCACUUAGAGUCACCGUAUCAUGACGUAAGUGGACUUCCAGACCCUUAUCAUCUUAUGUUGGAGAAUGAAGAAAACCACCCCAAGAAACCACAUCAAGAAGUUUCCCUCUCCCUGGACGAAAGCCUAGAGUCUGGGUACUCGACUCCAAACUCCCGCAGUAGAAGAAUUAUCCGUGAGAUCAUCGUCUGAACUGCAGCCCCGCCAACCCUACUUUGGGUGUGGAAGUGUACAUUUAAUUACAUGGUGCUCAUUUGCCAUCGUAAACUAUUACAAAACCGUUCAAUGAAUGUAAUUAAUGUUAUCAAAUUGUUGACAUUUGAUAUGUAAAUAACUUAAUGUACAUAUUAAACUGAUAGGAGUUAUCUAUUUAUCAAAUUGACUGAUUUGUCGAAGGAGUUUACUCGUUGUAAUAUAUGUGUAAAUAAAGGGCUUGUGGACAAACGAAAAGUACAAAUGUGACUGGUUCAUAUUUUAACGGACAGAAUAAAAAUAAAUGAAAUAUGAGGUUAAUAUUUCUGUAUUUCAAGGAAAUGUAGUAUGAAGCUACAAUUCCUUAUUGGCAUUAAUGUAUUAAAUUAGCCGUAAUAAGUCAAAUAUGACUUGUGUACUUUCAGUUGUACUUGGAAUACAUAAUAAUAGUUUAUUAAAUCAUUUUGAGGUGAAAAUAUUAAUGUCUUCAGUAAAUUAAAAACAAAUCCCAUAGUAAAUAAAUAAUGAUUAUGGUUUAAAAGUAAAAAUAAACUCUAAUGUGUUACACUAUUUUAUGAGUAAUAUUUCAGUUUGUGUGUAUUCAUGAGAAAUUUAACAGGAUAAAAAAAGACUGAAUACAUAAAGCUAUUGGGGCAAAAGUAUAUCUUGCUGGGUUUUGGUAGUUAUGUUGGAAGUAGUGGUGUUAUCGCGGGGAGAUCAUAAUUUAUUUAUCUUUAGACAAAAUUACUAAAUUUUAUGUUCAUUUAAAAUAUUAUAACUGUAAAUAUAUUUACAAUUAUUAUUCUAAAAAUAAUUUGUGAUACAAUAUAAAACGUUUACCAGCAUUGAAGCAAAAAAAAAAAAAAAUACUUAUCCGGAUGAAUAUUACUAAGAGCAAUUGAUACAAUGCAAGUAUAUAACAUUAAAAAUAUUAUGGGGUAAGGUUCAGAAACAGGAAUGAUAAUGACACGUUAAAAAUAUCUAUGUAGGAAAGCGUUAUUAUUUCUCUUCAUGGUAAUGAAAAUGUUGUGUUUGUGUGUUAGAUGUGUUGCUGAACUGAAUAAUGAAAUUUAAAAAUAAGAAUCUCAUUAGGAUCUAAUAUUUGUGAUCAUUAUUAAUUUUCUUUACUAACAAAAAAUUACCUAGGUUCUGUAUGAAUUAGAGCUCUCUUUUUGAAUUCAAUUUUCUUCUUAAUGUGAACAUGUUUUAGAUUUUGAUUAAAUAAUUUAAUUGAAUUAAUUUAGAUUUGAAACAUUGACCCACACAUUGUAACAGUAAAAACAUUUAAUAAUUUCAACAAGAUUAUUAGAAAUACUUAGCGUUACAAUGUGGGUGGUAGUUUAAUUGCACAUUAACAAUUUAUGGAUUCAACUGUAAAAUGUAUGUAAUCACAAUAUUGAAUACAAUUUUAUAUUUAAAAUAAAUAAAUGAUAUAGCAUACUUAUUUUAAAUAAUAAGAGAAUUGUAUCUUUCAUCUGAUUAGUUACAAUUUAACCACACACAUUAUCAUAGGUAUACUUCAAUCUUUCAUUGCUUAUUUAAAUUAAAUAGGAAACAAUUUAUUCACACACACAAAAUUUUAAAAUUCGUUUGAAAUGAAUUCAUUGUCAUGUUUUGUAUAGUAAAUAAAAGAUAAUAUAAAUACUAAUUAAUAUAUUUUAAUUCAAAUUAAAAUAACAGAAUAUGUGCAAUACAAAGCAUAAGUUCUCACAUGAAGCUCUGUCGUUAUUUUUAAUUAUUUAUACAAAUCAUAUGUUCUGUAUAUAUCUUUAGUUUAAGCACUUUUCAAUAUUUUAUGUUGUCUGUUUUCAAAGUAAUCGUUUGUUUUGUUGCAUGCCAUAAGUUAUCAGAUCUAGAUAAUAUUUCUAAUGUCAGUAUAUAUAUUUAAAAUUAUUAAAAUGUCUUUGUAGUAUUUUUUAAAAUAUUCAAAAUUAAAAAUACAGUAGUGUAUCAAAUUAAUAGGUAAGUGUCACAGAUUUAAAUACUUAGAAGUUUAAAAUUAUGGAAGCGAGCAUUCAGAACUUUGUUUAGAAACGUUAUUUGGACCUAAAAACUUAUUUUAAAACUAACCACAUGUACUAUUAUUUUUAAAAUGUACUGACAUUAGUAUAUCUGACUGAAUUGACCACAUUGUUGCAACAGAAUGUCAAUAUUGAGGAGUUGCCAACUUCAUAUAGUGAGGGGUUUUUGUAUAUAAGUUUGCAGAGUGCCAUGUAUGUCCUGCUGAAGCUCAAAUUGUGCUGAUAGUUUUAGUUUGUUCCGCUAGUCUAUUAUCCGGAAAUGACUGAUCUUUUAAUCUCAUUUUAAUGUCUUGCCUUCAAUUAUUAAUUAACUUUGAUAUUUUUGUUCAGACGCACAAUUCCUUACUGUCAUUUUAACAUAUUUUUGUGUUUCUAAUAGUUAUAAGGUGUAAGGAAUUUUCUCAUAAAUGAAGAGAAAUUGUUUAAUAGUAAUUGUAGCAAGAUUCAAAUCUCAAAAUCUAUUUAUUUUAAAGUUGAACCCACAAGAAGAGAGGCUUUGGAUUCACUGUUUACACACGUCUUCAAAAUAGCUUCAAGCCUCUUCAACUUUUCUGGGUUGUUAACUAUCACUUUCAAUGAACUAUUUUUAUUGUAAUAUUGCUUAGAUUAUCUUAUUUACGUGAAUGCAAAACACUUGUUGUACGAUUACCAUGAAUGGUUUCCUGAACACAUUCAUAUACCAGUAACAUAUUAGUGUAAAAAAACUAGCAAUUUAAAAACCAUACUAUUAAAUUUUAAUCCAAAUGUGAAACUAGUAAAAAUUAAAAACACUCUAUCUGAAAAUAUGUAUAAAUUGUUACAUUUGUUUAACAGUGGAUUAUUUAUCAUACAUUUUGACUUAUUUUACAUUUUUUCCACUGAUAAAGUACAAAAAAAGUUUAAUGAAUAGAAUCGUGAAUAAAAUAAUCUGACCAGUGUUUAUUUAAAGAAAUAUAUUUAACUUUAAUUUUGCUCUCUUUCAAUGGCUGUUCUCAAGAAGGAGACUGUGAGAUACAGUCUCAAAUCUUUCAUAACUUGUAUUUGUAUGGCUUUUGUUUGCUCAUGUGCAUUGUCAUCAUAUAUCACUCACUGCAGCAAGAUCUCAUAAGUUGUUAUUGUUUUUUAUAAAAUAAAGUAAAAAAUAAAAAAAAAUGCUAACAUUUUCUAAACAGUUUAUUUCUAACUAUAUUCUUUAUAAUGGAGCCCAGUUUUGUUUUCUUUUAUAUAUGUCUGUAUAGCUGUAAUUUUAAGAUAUCUGCAAUUUCAUAAUUGUUUUUACUUGUACAGUUUCAUGUUUCUAUGUUCUUUUAUAUAAAAAAUAAUAAAUGAAAAAUGUA